AUGGAGGAUCACUUGUCUAAUAUCUCCAUGCUGCCGUCCUCCUCUCCCACGGAGUCCUCAGGCAGCGCUGGGACCGAUGACAGCCGAGGAGCCAAGAGUCCAGCACCGGGCAAAGCUCUGAGUCCUGCUCUGCUCUGCAAAGUGUGUGGAGAUACCAGCAGCGGAAAACACUACGGCAUCUAUGCAUGCAAUGGCUGCAGCGGCUUCUUCAAACGCAGCGUAAGGAGGCGGCUCAUUUACAGGUGCCAGGCUGGCACAGGCAUGUGUCCAGUGGAUAAGGCCCAUCGCAACCAGUGUCAGGCGUGCCGGCUGAAGAAGUGCUUACAGGCAGGCAUGAAUAAGGAUGCGGUGCAGAAUGAGCGCCAGCCGCGCAGCACGGCUCAGGUGCGCCUGGAUUCCAUCGACGUGGACCCAGAGAAAGAGCACCUGGCCACCACCCGGGAGCCCACCUCCUCUUCCUCUUCCUCCUCCUCUUCUUCCUCCUCCUCCACCUCCUCCAUGGGCUCCGUCAUCACAUGGCCUCACAUUACCUCUUCAAUGGCCAUCAGCUCGUCCGUGCAGCCUCAGCGCUGCAUCAGCCCUCAGAACAACCACCGCUUCAUGGCGAGCCUCAUGACUGCAGAGACCUGCGCCAAACUGGAGCCCGAGGAUGUUGACGAGAACAUCGAUGUGACCAGUAAUGAGCCAGAGAGAGCAUCCUCGGAGUACCACAUGGCGCUUUACCCCUCCAGCUCUGAGAACGUGUAUGAGACCUCGGCACGGCUGCUCUUCAUGUCAGUCAAGUGGGCCAAGAACCUGCCGGUGUUUUCCAACCUGCCCUUCAGAGACCAGGUAAUUCUUCUGGAGGAGGCCUGGAGCGAGCUGUUCCUGCUCUGUGCCAUCCAGUGGUCUUUACCCCUGGACAGCUGCCCUCUGCUCUCGCUGCCCGACCUCUGCCCCACCAUGCAGGGCAAAACCAGCUACACUGGCCUGGACCUGAGACUUCUCCAGGAGGUUUUCAGUCGCUUCAAGGCGCUGGCGGUGGACCCGACUGAGUUCGCCUGCCUCAAGGCGGUCGUCCUCUUCAAGCCAGAAACCCGGGGACUGAAAGAUCCGGAGCAGGUGGAGAACCUGCAGGACCAAUCUCAGGUGAUGCUGGGUCAACACAUUCGCUCACACUACCCCAGUCAACCAGCCAGGUUUGGGAAGCUGCUCCUUCUCCUCCCCUCAUUGCGUUUUGUCAGCUCAGAGCGGGUCGAGCUUCUUUUCUUCCACAGGACCAUUGGAAACACCCCGAUGGAGAAACUACUGUGUGACAUGUUCAAAAAUUAA